GAUAUCACACAGAAGGGUUAUGAGAAGAAGAGAUCAAAGUUAAUAGGAGCAUAUCUGCCUCAACCGCCAGGGGUGGAUCAAGUACUGCCACCGGAACGUAGAACGCCCGUCACCCCCUCCUCUUCCUCCAGGUAUCAUCGCAGACGGUCCUCAGGUUCACGAGAUGAGCGCUAUCGUUCAGAUGUUCACACAGAAGCAGUCCAGGCAGCCCUUGCUAAACAUAAAGAAAGGAAAAUGGCUGUACCUAUGCCAUCAAAACGACGCUCAUUGGUGGUGCAAACAUCUAUGGAUGCGUACACACCUCCAGAUACCUCUUCAGGGUCAGAGGAUGAAGGCUCAGUACAAGGGGAUUCCCAGGGAACUCCCACCUCAAGCCAAGGGAGUAUAAAUAUGGAGCACUGGAUCAGCCAAGCAAUCCACGGAUCAACCACGUCAACCACUUCUUCCUCCUCCACACAGAGCGGGGGGCAGCAGUGCUGCACACAGAUUAGCAGAUGUUAUGGCCCAAACACACAUAGGAAAUAAAAGGACAGACGGACAGUACCACAGUAUGUAUAGCCGAGUCUUCUGAUGUU